CAUUGUGUUUGCCUCCACAGAACUCUAUGGUUUUGACGUGCUGAUCGACUCCAAUCUGAAACCCUGGCUUCUGGAGGUCAACCUCUCUCCCUCACUGGCCUGUGACGCACCUCUGGAUCUAAAGAUAAAGGCCAGCAUGAUAUCAGACAUGUUUUCUCUUUUGGGGUUUGUGUGUCACGACCCCCUGCUACGACAGCCUCGCUCUGAACGAGUCACCCUGGACUCCGGCCUGAAGUACCCCGUCCAGAAGUCUCAGCGUCCUGUCACUGCUCAGACAGCAGCCGCCUCCAGACUGCGUCAGAGGCCUCAGUCAGCCAACAACACAGACAUGGAGAGUUCCCGGCUGGGUAGGCAGGCAGACAGCACCCUGGGCCUGACCACUGAGGAGUUGAAGGUGCUGAGGAGGAUCAGAGAGGAGCAUGAGAGACGAGGAGGGUUCAUCCGAAUCUUCCCAACCCCAGAGACCUGGGAGAUGUACAGUGGGUAUCUGGAGUACAAGACAUCGAUGAACUCCAUGUUGGCCAACAGACUUUUCCAUGGAAGAUUGGGAAAAUCGUCCUCUACAAGAUCACGGAGCCUGAGUGGGAAUGUCCAGCUGCAGGUGGACGCGUGUCACGUGUUCCAGUACGAGAGGAAGCUGCUGUCGCUGGAGGCGAGGAAGAGGAGGCAGCGCCACCUGGCUGAGCGGUCGGGGCUCACGAGGAGGAGAGGGACGGUGCGCAGGGCCGCUGAGAGGAGCGAGGAGGAGGAGGUGGAGGAGGGCGAGGAGAGACUGCAGGAGGAAAAGGAGGACAAGAACCAAGUGGUGGGUCAGAACCCUCCCAGGGGUCCUCCGACAGAGCAGCACCCAGAGCCUGGAGCGUCCGGCCCCCCAGAGGGCCUCCACAGCGGGGCCGCGGCCCCGACACAACCUGGCCGCGGUGCCAAGCCCUCCCGGCCCAAAGUCAACCUGCUCCACAUCCUCCAGCAGGGCUGGGACCUCAGUAAAGUGCAGGCUCGCAUGGCCUUCUCCUCCUACCUCCACCGCGUCCAGCUCAGACUGCUGGCAGAGAGCAGCAGCACCUCAGUCUCAGCCUGGCCAGAGAAGGACCACAAUCAGAUGGAGUUGGUGAUGCGCUUCCUGAUGCGAGCGGCCAGGAACCUCCAGGAGGAGGUGAAGAUGGUCCUGCCCAGUGCCCAGCUGCCCCUGCAGGACCGCAGACGCAUCCUGUCCCACCAGCUGGCCCACUUCAUCCGCUGCUACAACAAGGAGACGGAGCAGAUGGAGAAAAGCUCAGAGGAAGAGCGCUGCAUCAACCCCAGAGUGUUCCAGGAGUUCAUCGUCGAGGCCAGUGAAAGUGAUCUGGAGGAGGUCCUGACAUUCUACACGCACCAAACCCAGUCAGCAAGCGUGUUCCUGGGGCCCGCCAAUCAGGGGGCGGAGACCCGCAGCAGCAGAGCCCCGCCCCCUCAUCCCAAGACCCAGAAAACUCUGCCGGUGGCCAAGGAGGGCUCCAGCGCCUCUGAGUCCUCCCUCUGUGCAGUCCAGAUCAGAGACGACUCACCUCCCAGGCCUGCUGCACCUCCCAGGCCUGCUGCACCUCCCAGGCCUGCUGCCCCUCCCAGGCCUGCAGCCCCUCCCAGGUCUGCAGGAGACCUGCCCUCCGUCCCCCCCUCCACAACUCUCCAGCAGACCACUCUCAGCACCAGCCAAGCCUUAGACUGCACCCACAUCCACCUGCAGCACUGUCCCCCCCCUCCCCAGUCUCUGCCCCUGCACUGCCCCCCUCCACCCCCACCCGCCCAGCCUCCAUGCUACGUCCAGUCUCCUCCCUACACCCUGUCCCGGACCCACGUCCCCCCUUCCUCCCAGCAUGCGCCCCCUCCUCCCCAGCCCCCAGGCACAGUCUCCAUGGUCCCUCGGUCCCACGGUGUCAUAUGGUCCCCCCACCCCGGCCUCCACCCCGGCCUCCACCCCGGCCUCGCCACCACCCCGGCCCCCACGGCCCCCCAGAUGUUGCGGAGGAUCCAGUCCUUCACCUCCUCCUCCUCUUCCAAAGCAGCCAGCUCCUCCAUGGCUGCAGCCACACAUGUUUACAAACAGAAGCUGUCCAGAUCCACGUCUGCAGGGCAAGUGACGAAGCGGGCCAGCUCAGUCCGGUCCAGACCCGACUCGGGAGGGUUGUUUAAGGACCUGGACUCCCUGUCUGCCCAGGCCCAGACCAAUCAGCACGCCUCCCUGUCUGCCCAGGCCCAGACCAAUCAGCACACCUCCCUGUCUGCCCAGGCCCAGACCAAUCAGCACACCUCCCUGUCUGUCCAGGCCCAGACCAACCAGCAGGCCAUCGUCUCAGCCCUGCAGAAGCUGUCUGAGAAGCAGACUGCACGGCAGUACACCUCCUCCAGCCACAUCAGCCUCCUCACGCAGCACCUCACUAACCUGAACCUGGCCAAAGGGGUGCUGAGCCGAGGACCCUUCACCCUGGGGUCGGCAGGGAGGCCAAGGGCCGUGGCCCAGGGUCCUGUCAGGGCCUUCCACUCCAACACUGCUUCUGCCAGCAGCACAGGGCCCAGGACCCAGCAGGAUGAGCAGGGUGUGUGGGACAGGGAGACCCAGAGUGCCUACAGCCUGGUGACAGGUGUCCUGCCCCGGUCGCACCACCAACCCACGCCCGGCAGCUACCAGCUGCAGUUCGCCAUCCAGCAGCUGCAGCAGCAGAAACUCCAGUCCCGCCAGCUUCUGGACCAGACGACCCUCAGACACCAGGUGAGUCAGUCCCGCCAGCUUCUGGACCAGACGACCCUCAGACACCAGGUGAGUCAGUCCCGCCAGCUUCUGGACCAGACGACCCUCAGACAUCAGGUGAGUCAGUCCCACCAGCUUCUGGACCAGACGACCCUCAGACACCAGAUGAGUCAGUCCCACCAGCUUCUGGACCAGACGACCCUCAGACACCAGGUGAGUCAGUCCCACCAGCUUCUGGACCAGACGACCCUCAGACACCAGGUGAGUCAGUCCCACCAGCUUCUGGACCAGACGACCCUCAGACACCAGGUGAGUCAGUCCCACCAGCUUCUGGACCAGACGACCCUCAGACACCAGGUGAGUCAGUCCCACCAGCUUCUGGACCAGACGACCCUCAGACACCAGGUGAGUCAGUCCCACCAGCUUCUGGACCAGACGACCCUCAGACACCAGGCCCUGUUUGCAGGCCACACCAUCUCCCCAGCCCCAGUGGUAGCUACCAGACCCCAGGCUCAGCCUGGCCUCUGCUCAAGCACCCAGCCGACCCACCAAGGCUGGCUGAACCAGGCCGCAACUCAGCCCCAGCCUCAGCCCCGCACUGGCCCCAUCCUCACCCCCAAACCCCCCAGCGGAGGCCGGCAGGAGGGCGUGGUCAGGAAGACCUCCUCUCAGCGUGUCAACAAGCUCGUCUCGUCAGACGGCCCGGCCGGCGGGAGCAUGUCUGCUGGUCAGCAGGUGGUCCAUGAGGCGACAUGUGGGAAAGCAGGUCUGUCCAUGUACAGUAAGCUGUUCCAGGGCCAGGGCUCCAGGCCCAGAUGACAGCGAGGGAACCCCAGCCCUCCUCCCUAUGGCCCUCCUCCCUGUGGCCCUCCUCCCUAUGGCCCUCCUCCCUGUGGCCCUCCACCC